AACACUUUUAGGCUCUCAUUUAGAAACGUAAUUGAUUUACCAAAUACAGCACGCAAUACCAUUUUAUUAUGAUGGUUGUUGAACUUCGUUGAGGUGAAAAAAUAAUUAUCAAGACUUUUGCUGCAAUCGAGUGAAAAGGAACAUUUCCACGAAAAGCCACCGCUUUUGUACACUAAGAUCCAAUCAACUUCGAACAUAAACACAAAAGUUCAGUUCAACUGACAGCUUUUGAAGGAAAAUUUGUACUAAUCCAUUCUCAGUUCUACCUAAAAUUGAUGGAAACUACGCAGUUUUUUUUUUUAUUAAAGUAGUAAAAUGCCAACCGCACGGCCAAAUAGCUGCUGUAAUUGGAUGUACAUUGGAAGAACGCUCGGUUGGAUGGGAAUCAUUACAAGUAUAUAUCCAACAUAUUUUGGACUCACAAUGAUUAUUUGGUGCGUCAUUGGCAUUUCAAUGUCCAGUCUUUGGCUCUAUGGAAUUACAAAGAAACAAAGUGUGCUUAUGCUGGUGCCCCUACUAUAUUGGGCCUUUAUUCAAACCGUUUUCAUGUUAAAAUUGACCAUAACCGAGAUAGUAUCAUUUGUUCGUGAAGAGAGACUAAAAUAUGCAAACAAAGAGAACUUUGAGAAUUAUUUUACGACAAUUUAUGGAGUAAUGCUGUACACCAUAGCAGCAUACUUUGUGAUCUUUUUCAUCCUUGCUGUUGUCAGCUUCGUCAAAAUCCGACAAAUCAUUGAACAAUUGGAGAUCCAAGCGAGAAGGAUUUCUUUCAUACACAUCGAAAGUGUAAAAAAUAAUCAUCAGCGAUUGCAUUAACAAAGAAAAUUUGAAUAAGAUAUUUAAAAACAAAAUACAGUUGCGAAAUAUAUGCCUAUCACACACACCACUAGAUACAUAUCAAACAAAAAU